AUGGAUACUUUUCUAACUGGGCUCACCCGACAGGCAAUGAAUUAUGCUAUUCGGUCGGGAAUUGCGAUAACUGCCAGUUAUGCAAUGCGCCAGUCGUCGCGCUUGCUCAAAAAUGUCAAAAGCGAAGACCGAGAUGAGCUGGUCUCCUUGCAACAACGCCUAGAAAGCAAGAUACAGGUCAUAGCCCCAGCUAUUGACAUGAUUGAAUUGAUUGCUGCUCGAGGAAAUACGUCAUUGGAAUCUGCCGUCGCCCUCACGAAGUCUCUGAGAUGGGACAUUCAGGCUCUAGGACAGCGGCUUGGAAAAGCCGCGGCAUCUGAGGAAUUGAGACGCAAAGGAGCAAGCUCGCCCAAAGACCAGGCAAACAGUGAGAAAGAGAUCAAGCUUAUUAUCAAAGAUAUCAAGAAGCUGUUGGCUCGAAUUGAAGAUGCAGUGCCAUUGAUGAAUCUGGCCAUCACUACCUCUGGGGCAAAGUUAUCCACUAACUUGCCCGCAACGGUAUCGCCAUCCCGGCUCCUCCAAGCCAGCACAUUUCUCACAGCAGGGGAUACACAAUAUUCAAUGUCCCCAUCUCAGGCAGUCCAAGUAGGGCCGACUUUUACCUUAUCGAUGUACAUGCUAUUUGCCAGUCACUUGCGACCCCAUGAUGAAGAAUCGGUCCGCGAGGCCACGUGGAAGGAAGUCAUGCACAAGGCGCGUUUGAAGCUGCGUCGCGUCCCAAUAGCUUCAUUGCAGUCUCCAGGCCAACGCCCGCGAACGAAGCUUCCAGGACCAGCGGGGGCCGAUGAGUACGCUUACCAAGUCCUGAUCAUCGAAGACCUAGAUGAUGGCCGAGUCCACACAAUCGACGAAAAUGAUCCACAGCCCCAGAACUACGAAGGCGUUUCCACGGCAGGAAUCCGGGAGAUUCUUCCUAUUCAUCAAAUCUCAAAAAUCUUCUACGCAGACACCGGGAGAAUCCUCAAUAUCAGCACAGAGGGCGAAACAAACAACCCAGUGCUGCUGUUGAAACGGGACCUAAAUGCUCUCCCGCCACGGCGCAUGAUGGAACGCGAGGAGGUAGAGGAGGACUUCCCUCAAGCAGAAUCCGAGGAGGAACCAGAGGACGAGGAGCAAGCUCAACUCGAUGCACAGCUGAACGGAGAGUACAAUCGGGAAACAAGCAGUUUCGAUCAUUUACAUGAAGACUCCAUACCCGAAGAAUGGCGGACAUUCGUCUCACUCCCCUCUCCCCUAAAUCAGUCAUUCUUGUCCGCUGCCGCCGCAACAACAGUCUCCAACCCUCACUUCGAGAACAUCCGCACCUCCCUAUCCCUCCUCGAAACUCUGCUCCGUCUAACAUCCCUCCAACAAUUCCAACAACAAUCCCACCUAUCCAUCAGCGACGAGCUCCUCAACUUCUUCCUGGAAGAGUCCUCCACCACCGGCGCUGGCGGCGACGAACAGCACCGCCAGCGGCUCCGCUCCGAGGCCCGUCGUCGCGUUGGCUGGGACCCCUACAAUGAAAGCCCUGUCAAACACCGCGGCGAGGAUUACCAGUACGGCUGGGAGCCCGGUAGUCCCCACCAAUACGGCGGCGAUCCUUACUCGCCUAGUGGGCGGCCGCAGGGCUUCCAUCUUCGUUCUAGAGAGAGUACGCCGGAGACACCGGUGCGCAAAGGCUCGCCGAAUGUACGUCCAGUUGGUCAGCGUGGUAUGAGGCCUGCGUAUACUGAGUCGCCCCUUUCGAAAAAGAUAGGUAGGUCUCUGGAUGAUGGAGAUGUAGGGUCUGGCAGGGCAGAUUGA